AUGAACCAGCAAAAUAUUUCAAACCAGGUUGAUCCACAGCAGCUAGCACUGUACCAGCAGAUGAUGGCCCAGGCUGCUGCAGGUGCACCCCCAAACGCUAUGCCCCAGCAGCAGCAGAUGAGUCCACAGCAGAUGGCACAGCAGCAGAUCAUUAUGGCAAUGCAGCAGCAACAACAACAACAGCAACAGCAACAGCAACACGCUGCACACGCACACGCACUCCACGCACAACAAGCUCAACAGCAGCAGCACGCACAACUUCAAGCUCAAGUGCAGGCCCAGCAACAGCAACAGCAGCAGCAACGUCAGAAGGCUUUCGCCCAGAUGCAGGCGCAGCAACAGCAACAGCAGGCUCAAGCACAGGCUCAGCAGCACCAACAACAAGCCGUAUACACGCAAAGACAGCAGGCUUUCAAACGCCUCAACAGACCUUCUCUCGUCGAGUCCAACGAUAGCUAUGAACAGAUUGACAGCUUCUCUCAUAGAGACUUGGCUAUUUCCAGAUUCAGAUUGAAUCACGAGCUCAUGGCUGAGGUCUUUAGUCCACACCAUAUCACCCAGUACGAAAAGCCUGCCCCGCUCUACACCAAAGACGACAUUCCUAAACUCAAAGAGCGUGCCGAGAAAGCCGAGAGAGAUGUUGAGGAGCAAAUCAGCAAGAACAAAGCACAGACGGAGAAUUGGAACAAAACAUUUGCUCACAAGCCAUAUGCUGUUUAA